AUGUCUGAUUUGCUUAGUGGCCUUGCAAAUUUUACAAAAUCAGUUACUGGCUCAUUAAAUACUUAUGAAAUACGGAAGCAGGGAAUGGUUAUGAAUUAUACAGGACCUGAAGUAAAGGUACGUGAAGCAACAAAUGAGGAUCCUUGGGGUCCAACAGGACCACAGAUGGCUGAAAUUGCUAAUUUGUCGUUCCAAUAUGAUGCAUUUCCGGAAAUUAUGGGAAUGCUUUGGAAGCGUAUGUUUCAAGAGAACAAAUAUGCUUGGCGGCGUGUGUAUAAGUCCUUGACAUUGCUCAAUUAUCUUGUAAAAAAUGGUAGCGAAAGGGUAAUUGGAAAUGCUCGUGAUCAUAUCUUUGAAAUGCGAAAUCUCGAAAGUUAUAGAUGUAUCGAUGAAAAAGGAAAAGACCAAGGAAUCAAUGUUCGACAUCGGGCAAGGCUUCUAAUAGAGUUAAUCCAAGAUGAUGAAUUGCUCAGAACAGAAAGGAGAAAAGCAAAAAUAGAUGGAAAAGAGAAGUAUCUAGGAUAUUCUAAAGAAGAUAUGUGUUUUGGUAAAGCUACUUAUGGUAGGCCAAUUUUCGCAAUUUUUUUCAUAAUUUCUAAAAUAAACUGCCAGUUCCAGAAUCGUGAAGUAAAUUCUUUUCAAUUCCCUGAUGAUGAUAGCCGUAAUGGUCGAGAUAGCCCAGAACUUGGGAUUCGUGAAGUUAAUUUCUUUUUUUUUUAA